AGUUCUAUCACACAUAAAAAAGCAGCAUUCGUGUCCCUCUUUCUCUCUCACGCACUAUCACACCACAAGAAAACGCGCAGAUUGGGGUUGCAGAGCGAGACUAACUACACGGCGUUGACGCCUCCCGGGUUCCUGGAGCGAGUCGCCCUCGUCCACCCGACCAGUAAAUCCGUCAUCCAUGGCUCCGUCUCCUACACGUGGCACCAGACCUACCGCCGGUGCCGCCAGCUCGCCUCCGCCCUCACCAAGCGCGGCGUCACCUUCGGCUGCACUGUCUCAGUGAUUGCACCAAACGUCCCAGCCAUGUACGAAGCUCAUUUCGGGGUCCCAAUGUCCGGUGCUGUCCUAAAUGCCGUCAAUGUCCGACUAAAUGCCCAAACAAUCGCUUUUCUCCUGGGACACUCCCAGUCCUCAGUCAUAAUGGUCGAUCAAGAAUUCUACUCUUUAGCAGAGGAAGCUCUCAAAAUCAUGGCCAGCUCAGAAAAAUCCGAAAACGCCCCUCCAAUUCUGAUAGUCAUUGCUGAUGAAGCCUGUGACCCGGAGUCCCUCCGCCACGCUCUCAGCAAAGGAGCCAUCGAGACCCCGCAAGACGAGUGGCAGAGUAUCACGCUGGGGUACACAUCUGGCACGACGGCUAGCCCAAAAGGGGUGGUCCUGCACCACAGGGGAGCGUAUCUCAUGGCCCUCAGUAAUGCGGUUGUGUGGGGAAUGGGAGAAGGGGCCGUUUAUUUGUGGACUCUGCCGAUGUUUCAUUGCAAUGGGUGGUGCUUCACCUGGACGCUUGCGGCGCUUUGUGGGACGAGCGUGUGCCUUCGGCAGGUACGGUUUUGA